AUGGGUCUCUUCUCCCGCAAAACCUCCUCCAAGAGCGCAAACGACAUCCCCAGCCAAUCCAACAACAGCGGCACCCAGCACUCCCAGCCUCUUCCCAGAUCCAGCGGCCGCGCCAGCAUGAAACCCAGCAAUUCCAUCGAGACCGCGAGUCCUGCACACAAUGUCUCGCUGCCUAAGCCGCCGGACGCCAGCCGCGAUCCCGCUGGCUACCUGCGGAGCAUUCACGCGGUGCGCGAGCGGAGCGCGCUGGUGUUUGAGAAAGCGAGGGCGAAUCAGUUGCGCCAUUUUGACGUGGACAUGGCCAAGUUUGCGGAGACGGCGAGGUUUGUGACGGCGAUUAUCAAGCGAGACUUCGACCCGAAUUAUUCCAGCAUACCACCCCAUGGCCGAUGGCAGCAUUUCGACGUCGGAGGGCAACCCCGUGUCGAUCAACUUCUCGCUUCUUGGCCUGAUUCGAUCGAUGCCCUGGAACGGACGCGACGUCUGAUUGACCUGUUCCUUGUGUCUGUACUGCUUGACGCCGGCGCUGGGACAGAAUGGCAGUACAAAUCGACUGAGAGUGGCAAGGUGUUCAAGCGGAGCGAAGGACUGGCUGUUGCGAGUCUGGAGAUGUUUAAGACGGGUCUCUUCUCCAGCAAUCCCAGUCAGCCCUUCCAGGUCGAUAGUGCAGCUUUGAAGAAGCUUUCCAUCGAGCGCAUGGCGAAGGGCUUGCAGGUUACCGCCGAGAACCCGAUCGAAGGCUUGGAAGGACGGACGAGUCUUCUCAUCCGCCUCGGCGACUCUCUACUCAACAAGCAAAUCUUCGGGGAGGAUGCACGGCCUGGCAACAUGUUGGACUACCUACUCAACCACCCCACCACGCAAGUUUCGUCCACCCCGAUCGUUCCUCUCCCGACGCUCUGGACUACUCUGAUGGACGGCCUGUCCGCAAUCUGGCCCAACACGAGGACGCAGAUCGAUGGUGUGCCACUCGGUGAUGCUUGGCCUUGCACAUCCAUGCCAUCGAACCCAGCCCAACCAUGGGAAAACAUUGUGCCUUUCCACAAGCUGACCCAAUGGCUGACGUACUCCCUAAUGGUACCCAUGCAAAAGAUGGCCAACGUGCAUUUCAUCGGUGUCGAACUCAUGACCGGUCUCCCAGAGUACCGCAACGGCGGUCUGCUGGUAGACACCGGCCUCCUCACUCUGAAGCACGAAGACCUGCAGCGCGGCUUGGAGCAAUACCACAUGAACGCCACACGACAGGGCCAGCCGAAGGUGGAAGUCGUCCCACUAUUCACCGCGGACGACGAUGUGAUUGUCGAAUGGCGCGCCGUCACCAUCGGCUUCCUGGACAUGCUCCUCGACGAAGUCAACAGCAUGCUCGGCCUCAGCGGCAGCAAGAAGCUCAACUUGGCGCAAAUGCUCGAAGCCGGAACGUGGAAGGGAGGCAGAGAGCUGGCGGAGGUCUCGCGGCCGAACACCAAGGAGCCGCCGAUCAUGAUUCUGUCCGACGGCACGGUGUUCUAG